AUUUGUGAAAAUAUACUACAUAAGAUCCAGAAAGUAAAAUCGACAAUUAUUCUAACCGUCAAUGUUUCUAUCAUUGUAAAUGUGAAACCUACAUUUGUAUUUAUAAAGUAUAUGUAGUGAAAUUAUUAAAUACAAAAAUCGUGACGUCGAUAAAGACAUUUAUUAAUAUAUAAAUUCAUAUUUUAAGUUGAUUUAGAAGAGAUAAGUUAUCUUGUAACAACAAUGCAAAGAUCUCUUAGAUUAAAACGUGAACUUGAAAGACUCACGAAAAAUCCUGUGGAAGGAAUUUGCUGUUAUCCAAAAUCAGAUAAUUUGGAUCAACUUGUUGCAACAAUAAUUGGACCUUGUGGUAGCCCAUAUAGUGGUACUAUUUUUGAAUUAGAAAUUAAUAUACCUGAAGAAUAUCCAUUCGAACCUCCCCAAAUUACUUUUAAAACACCUGUGUAUCAUCCAAACAUUGAUGAUAAAGGUCGUAUCUGUUUGGAUUUAUUAAAUAUGCCACCCAAAGGUGUUUGGAAACCUACUAUCGGAUUGCAAAAUCUUUUGGAUGCUGUGCAGAGUCUUUUAGGAAAUCCAAAUCCUGAUGAUCCUCUAAUGGCAGAAAUAGCAGAAGAAUAUAAGUUUAAUAGACUGAAAUUUGAUAGAAAAGUAAGAAAAUUUAUAGAGGAAACAAAAAAUAUACAUUUGUUACAAUAAGUACUUUAUUAUGGAUAUGUGUAGAACAGAUUAUAUAUGAUAAUGAAUUGAAGAAGUAAAUCUUUUAGAUGUCAUCGUUGAA